AGAUUCGAAUCUUAAAUAACUAUAAAGAGAAGAUUUAAUAACCGGUUCUUAUCCAUAGUCUAAAGAAAUUAUAACUUUUGACUCAAAGCUGAUUGAAUUCCAAAAGAAAAAAGGAAAACAAGUGAGAAAAAUAUGACUACAGAAGUUUCUGACCAAAAGAUAAUCAUUAUUUAAUUUGAUAUUAUCUAUGAACACAUUUUUAUUUGACUACUAAUGUAGAUAGGAAUGAACAAAGUUACUCACUCAGCUACCUUCCACGUAACCUAAGAUCCACUCCAGACUCUAGCCUUUAUAUAUAAAUCCAUUUUAUUUAGAAGAUGGAGUACCGUACUUUCUCCCUUCACACAAUACUAUCAAUUUCAACAAUAAUCCAAUCUUUUCAAAGUGAAGACUGAAGAUUAAACUUGAAUAUAAUAAAAAUGAUAGAGAGGGGAAAAUGCUUUAGUGUUAUAUUUGUUUUUAGUAUAUUAUUGAUGGUGGGAUUAGAUGUCGUUGCUGGUUUCGUGGCAAUGCUAGCCGAAGUCGCCCAACAAAAGGCACAUACAGUGACAGAGGUGGAAACGGGGGUGUGGUUACUCGAGUGUAAAUCUCCAAGCAAAAAAGCUUUCGUGUUAGGGUUAAUAGCAUUAGGAUGUUUGUUAGCAGCUCAUUUCAUCGCCGUUAUGAUAGGAUGCAUUAUCUCCGACUCCCAUACUAUAGUCACAGUAUUCCCCAUAGUCACAGUAUUCUCCGCACCUAAGAUCACACAACGCGUCACCAUGGCCUGUAUUUAUCUCACUUGGAUCGUAGCAACUGCGGGAGCAGGAAUACUUACGAUGGGCAUAUGGAUGAACAGAGAAUCAAGAUUAGAAUGUGGAUUCACAAACAAACAGUUUUUGUCUUUAGGAGGCAAAGUGUGUUUUCUUCAUGCUAUUGUCUCUGUCGUUAUGUAUUUAGCAAAUUUCAUCUGUAGAUUUUGCAUUUCUUAAAAAGAUAUUUUAUUAAUUUUUUUACACCUUUUUACAUUUUUACUUAAUUUAUUUUAUUCAAUUUAAAAAAAAUAUAAAUUAUAACGCAAAACUCUGAAGCAAAAGAAAGGAACACGUAAACAUGCCUCUUUGCAGUUUUUGUCAAGUGAACCUGUAAGGAAAUGAGAAUCAUCAGCUACUUUAGAGAGCCAUGUUAUGGUAUUCUUGUGACCCACUUCCUCAUAUGAUUGCUUGAGCAAGUUCCCAGUCUAGCAACAAUGGCAGUAGCACCAGGCAUCUGUUUAAAGCUAAUAAUAAUAAUGACUUUAUAAACAAAGAAACAGUUUUCCUUUUUAAGAAAUAUGCUAAAGGCUUAGAUUUUGAGCUACCAACUUAUGGUCUUUGGUAUCUUCUGUGACAUGAAUAGCAUAGGUAAGCUCCAUAAAGGGAACAGUGGUAAUCAAUGGCAAGCUUAUCUCCAACAGAAAAAAAA